AUGUCAUACACGGCGUCUACAUCUCCUGCAAAGUCUUUACUUCCUAAUCCACUCACUGUGAUGGAUUGGCGAAGGUGUUGCAUCCUCUUCUUCGUGCUGCCCAAUUCAUGGUGGAAGCUUCUUGUCCUCAAUUACUCCUUGCAUGUGCAAUAUCACUUCGAAAAUCCCGUUCGCGUCGCUCUGGGUCAUCCGCCAGCAACUUGGCUCCUCGAACUUGCGAAUCUCUACGCCGUCUUCCCAUCCUUUCAUCUUAAGAGUGUCAACCAAGUUCACCAUGUAUACCAGACAUAUUGUCCUCACCUCAAUCAACGCUUCAGCUUAUUAUCAAAGUCUCGCAAAUCGAACCGCACCCGCAAACCCACGAAUCGUCUGCUAGGCUCUGAAAUGCUUCCAUCCCUACCUCGUACUGCGAGAUCAUCUUUGGGGGUUAUUGGUUCUCCUGACGCUUCCCAAUCUGCUGGCCACUUCGCAGAGGUUGAGGCCGCUGCUUCUGAUGCUGACUGCAGUGAUGGGGUAUAUGACACUAAUGCCAAUGAUUGCGAGAUGAAUUUGGUCAUCGUUGGCAAACAAGUUCGCGACCAGUCUCCCAUUGAAUGGUCUCCAUCUCCUCCUCGGGGCCAGGCUCUUGAUUUUCAAGGUGAAUCUGCCGAUGAAAUGGAUGUAGAACCAUCUCCAAAAAAUUUGGCCACUGUUAUACCUCACGAGCUGUAUUCCAAUCGCGUUCGUCAGGGAACUCCAGAGCAAAGUCACCCAUCCUCGCCAAAAGUGUAUAGUCCAAUCGAGUUGAGCGACGACGAUUUUCCAGUCCUUCCUCCUUCUCCAAAAAAGUCUAAGGAAUUGCUCAAGCCUUUCUUGUUGCAUAGCCAUGUUUCUGUAACUCACUCAGAACGGUUGCGUCCUACUAUUCCUGAAUCCAACAGCACAUCCCCAACUUAUCCUCCCCCUCCCCGAAAUCUUACAUCAAUUGUUGUUAAUGGCCGAACGUAUUACGCAUCAGACGAUCCCAAAUUCACCAAUUUGGUUUCGUCUCCUUCGUCUUCCCAACACCCGUCCUCUCCCAUACGCCCUCAUCCAUUCCCGACUUCAUCUGCCAGUGCUGAUGUUGGCACUGGUCUUCAGAUGGAUGAUGAUUCUUUCGACUUGUGUUAUCCACCAGAAGACCCUGAAGUUUCUACACCAGUUGAAACAUCCUCCCGUGGGCUUUCAGUCGAUGAGUAUGAUGAUCUGGACAUUGAUUUACCUGCUGAUUUUCGGUCCAUCCGUGCUUUGCGGACUCCUUCGCCUGACUUACCCUCCAAUCCAUUGGAUGGCUGGUCACCCACUCCUCGUGCUCAAUCCACUUUGGGGUCCCUCGCACGUCGUGGCUUAUUUCCUAAUUCAUCUACCAAUCCGCUUAUCUCUCCUUCAAAAUUAAGACGUGACACGUCUCCCUUGAAGGUGUUGUCUGGUUCUUCACCUUCACCUCCUCGCUCCCUAUUGUCAUCACCAUCCCAUUCGUUUUCUGGCACGUCUACUGCGAAUACGUCUCCGUCAAAAGCUUCUGCCCAGGGUUCUCCAAAAUCUAGGGGGAAAGAUCGUGUUCGGUUCCACCCCUUCAAACAAUCGACACAUAAUCCUCACGUCCCUUCCUCUCUCAUUGUGGGGACUUCACCUGUAAAGUCACCUUCUAAGUCUUCUGCUGCAGGGAAGAGGCUUCGCGACGAUCUCAUCCAUCAUGCGCUCUGCGAUGGUCAACCUUCUCCUUCAACUACAUCUACUGUAGCCAACAACAGAGGAGUUUCAUCUCCCCGUCGUGAGUUUCGCAAUGCACUCAUUCGAGAGGCGCUUGGUGAGAGUGAUCUCACAAACGACGUGAGCUCAAGUGGUACCGCAGUAGUGCAAGAACAUGACCCUCAGGAAGUGCCUCCCUUUGUUGACAAUAACCUCGGUGAUACUGGGGUCCUGAAUUCUGCUUGGAUUGACCGUCGUUUUGCUGUGUCCUUUAGAUCUGUUACCAAUCUCCCCGCUGUAAUUAUUAGGCCCAUUGCUGAUGAAAGCAUUACCGAAGAUGACGACUAUCUCCUCUACCGCGAUAUGGUCUCUGGAUUGAUUCCUACUCAGGAGAAAUGUAUCCGUCAGGUCGUUAAUUUCAUCCGUUGUGCAAACGUUUUCAAUGGUGCACGUUUUGACCCUACCUCUCCGUCUGCGAUUGCAUGCCCAACGAUCAACAACAAAAUUCAUCUCGUCCUUGCUGAAGAUCAUUUUUUCAAUGCCAUCUUCCUCACUGUCGGCCGUGUUAACGAAUCCUAUAUUUUCAAUCCAAAAUCCUUCCUUGCUAAAGAUAAAGCUGUUCGCUAUAUUUGGGGCUUACGCGUCCAUGGUCUUAUGCAGGAGUCGCAGCGACUAUUCGCGUGUUUUGGGAGCUUAAUUGGUGCUACUAAAUUUGGGUGCCCUGUGUCCGAAGGCAUUAUAGACUUCCGAUCUAACCAGCGUUUUGACUCUGAUAUAUGGAAGGAUGAUCCCGACAAUCUCAGCCCUCUCGAACCUGUGACUCCCGGGAAAAAACGCAAGGUCUCAAAUGUACCGAAGAAUAUCCACUGUAAAGAUCCAUUGCCCUUUUGCCGUGCAGUUCCCAUCUUUGACGGCAGGGGUUCUUUCGUUGCUUCUGCUGCUCAGCUGAAUCAAAUUGCUUCCCGUGCUUAUCCCCUUUACUUGGACUCCCAAGAAGAGGUCCCUCCCGAUUCGAUUGUUUGUGUUGGGUACACUGCUCAUACAUGGCAGUCAUCUGGGUCAUCCAAGGCUCCUCCUCUUUGUCUUUCUCCUGGCCUCCAGUUUGUUGUGGUCCUUGCUCUUCCACCUGGUUACGACGGCCCUCCUCCUCCUAGUAGCGGCUCAUCCCGUCCCUUCCCAAAACCCCUAUACAAUACUCCAACCCGCACCAAAGACUUUCCCGGCCCACCUCGUCGCACCCAUUCGCGUCUGCAGGCGUCUUCUUCCCGUGUCAGUCCUGAUGCUGCCAGGCCUUCGCGUGUUACUCACCGCAGCCAGGCUGACUCUGACGACGACAGUCCUUAUCUAUAUUCUGGUGGUCUCAAGGAUGGUUUCUCGUUGUCAUUUUGCUGUCGACUUCCUCCUUCAUUUAUGGCUGCUUUUCCGUCCCUCGACACAUUGUCCACUCUGCGAAAUGUUCCGUCCCUUCCUGACACAGAUAACCGGAGGACCAUCCACUUUUUCUACGUGCAUCCUGACUCUCCCUUUCCACUCCGCCAACCUCUGUCUUUCGCAAUCUCGCCACAAGUUGCACAUCAUCCUCGUCCAUGGAUUUCUUCAUUCCUAAUCGCCAUUCAGCAAAGCGCCUAUCAACCCGCAGGUGUCAUUGCACCUACACUUGCCUGCCUUACCGUUGAUGAGGUUGGUCGUCAGCCCGAGGUCAUUAUGCUUUCCAUGCACCAAGGCCCGCCGUAUACCAUACGUCAAUGCGGUGACUCUUCCACCUGUACUCGAUCUACAGCUACCUGCUAUUCGACUACGCAUGCUUUUGGGAUUGCAGUCAAUUCAGAAGGCCACCUCCGUGACGUUAACGAGCUUGCCUCGUUUUUGUGUGAAAGAGAAAGGAAGGAAUCUAAUGGGCACUCCAACCAACCAAUCUAA